UUUUUUCACUAAAUUUACAGUGGAUCGUGACAUUUAUAACAAUUGACACUGUGCUUUAAAUUGUUUAAAUUGUUUAUAGAAGAAAAAAUGAUAUUAAAUCAAUUUUAUAUUUACUUUAUGUAUGAUACUUAGUGAAAUACAACAUUAAUUUACAACUUUUAAUGUUUAUGUAAAACGAAUAUCCUUUGAUGUUUGUACGUUAAGAAAAGUUUGAGAAACUGUAAAACGAAGUCAAAAUGGACAAUAACAUUUCGAAGUCAAACGAAGUUGAGUUGUUUAAAUUAGAAUCUACGAAUAUUUCUGACCCUUUGCAAAUCAAUUCAGAAGAUGACUGUGAAAUUUAUGAGAUAAAAAAUUUGAAUUCCAAGUCACCGAAACAAGAAUUUAAAAAACAGAAACAAUUACAUGUUCGAGAAAUUGAUAGUAAUUUGAAACCAGAAAAUAAGGCUGAGCAAUCUAACGUUUUUUUGGCAAAUCUACGUUUAAGUAGUUUGAGUGCAAAUAAAACUCCUUCUACAAAAUAUUUAAUGAAUCUAGUGGAUUUUCUAAAAGAAGAUACGAAUGGAAAAGGAAUUUUAUAUGCUUACGUAAAAAAUAACAGAUCUUUAACAACAGCAGUAAGAAAAACUUUGGUUCACGUAAUUAUUCAAAGAGAAAAAGAAGAAAUUUUACGCGAUGUACAAGUUGGAGAGGUUUUGAAUGAUUGGGAUAUCAGUAAAGAACGUUUAAUAAAAUUGGCUAAUGAAAUUGAAGCAAAUUUUGAUGGAGAAUCGGCUAAAACUUAUUAUAUGCCAUUUUGUUCAGAUCAAGGUAAAAAAUUAUUAGCCAGCGGUAAAUUGCUUGAUCAUUAUCAAUAUGUAAAACGAAUGAUGCGAAUCGAUGGACUUCUUCUUUCGAAAUAUCAAAGAAAUUUACUUGAUGCACCAGCAGAGGAAGUACAAUCAAUUGAUAUUACAGACUCGGAAAAAAAUGAUUUGGAAUUUUUACAAAAUCACUCGGAGCCAUUUGAAGAGGUGAAAAAUGCUUUUUUAAGAACUCACAAUGCAAGAAGAAAUAUUUUCCAUUCACAAGGAAUUAGUAUUUUUGAUUAUAUGUCUAAUAGUGUAAAGGCUUUACAUUCAGACACGGAAGGACCUUUUUGGAUUGAUAUGGAAUUUGAAACUUUACACAAAGGAAAGGGUAUGAUGUUAUUUGAAAAAUGGCCAAAAAUAAGAAAUCACUUAAUAAUUGCUUUGAAACGAAGUAGAGUAGCCUAUAAUGAGAAUACACCCUAUAUGACAGCGUUAAGUAUGGAACCUCCAGAUGUUCAAGACAUUUUGAUAUUUUAUUUGCUGCAUUACAUUACGGUGGACAAGAAGAAAAGGAAACGCAACGAUACUGAAGAUACUAUAAAAAAUGCUCUAAACGAAAAGCCGAAUUCAUACUUUUUACACGUUGAGGAUGCCAAGGAACUAGACAACAAAUUAGAAAAUUUAAGAGAGACAAUUAAUUCAACGGGUGAUAAGUUUCGUUCGGUAAUUGCGAUAGUUGGACCUUUACUUAAUGUUGAAGCAAUUUAUGUCGUGGUUAAUGAUAUAAAAUAUCAAACACAAUCAAUUCUUCAUGCUAUUGAUCUGAAUAUAAAAAUUUUCUACGUUUUCGAUUAUAAAUUCACAGAUAAUGUUCAAUUCGUAUGGCAAUUUUUCCAAUCAAUUAUUUAUGAAAUUCAAAAUCCAGACGAAUUUAUGUGUAUGAAAAAUCGCGUUCUAAAGGGAGAAAUUCAACAUAUCUUGAAUAAUUCAAAGUAAGAUUUAUCAUUUCUAAAAAGUUUAAUUAUUAAGUCAUCUACACAAUAAGGUAAAUAUUUAUUUUUUUAUGACGUUGAAUAAUUAAUUUGUAUCUAAUUACGAGUAAAAUUUUCCCAAAAAAUAGGAAUUAUUAUUUUCUAAUUACGAACGAAUAGGAAUUUUUAAACGAUAGACAUCUGUAUAUAAAUUAAAUACGAAAUAAAAGGAAAUUUUACACUUUU